UGAUCGGAUCGGACCAUCGGACAGUGUACGUUUCGACAGUUUUCACGUGCAUGCUAGGGCGCGCGCCCAGCUUCCGCUCGCGCGUCUUCUUUACCGCUGUGUUUCCAAAAUGGCCGAACAGAAGAGAGUUACAACGCUUCCCGACGGCAGGUCGAUUGAGCAACUUCGAGUUGUUGAUCUGAAGCAAGAAUUGAAGAAGUAUGGCGUGUCACAAAUUGGUAGCAAGAGUCAGCUCGCGGAACGUCUUAAAGCGCAAAUUUACCUUGAGGAGUUGAAGCAAGCCCCUGUGCAUGAUGGAUUCCCCAAUCAGGAUAUUGUUGAUGAUGAGUCUGUUGCAUCUAAUUCAUUCAUUCAGCAGUAUCUUAAGCAACAACAGGAGCAGCUGAAGCAGAGACAUGAGAGAGAUCGAGUUGUGGAAGCACCACCAGAAGUUGAAAAGGGUGACGACAUACCUGAAGGGCUAGCAAACCAGGUUGAUGAGCUGAACCAGUCUUUGAGCCGUAGCCAGUCCGAAGAAGCUGACAAAGAACCAGACGAGGCAAGGAAUGGGGAAGGUGUAGUGGAUGAAGGAGCUGAAACUGCCCAAGAGGAACACACCACCUCCAGCAGAUCAUCCAGGAGAUCAAGGAGACAGAGUGCAAAGCAGGAGGAAGAGGCGGAGGUAGAGCCAGAGACCAGGAGCACCAGGAGGAGGACCAGCUCCAGAGUUAAAGAGCAGGAGGAGCCAGAGGAGAUGAAGGCACCACCUCAGGAAGUAGAGCAGAUACAGACUAUUAAUGAAGUUGGGAAAAGAUCUGAAUCUGAGGCGAUGCAAGAUGAGGCAACAAAGGUUGUUGAACCAUCUGCACCAGAAGAGGAGAUGGAUGUAGCAGAACCUGCUCCAACUGGAGAUGCUGAAAAUGAAGCUACAACACAGAAAGUAGAAAUUGAGGAAGCAAAAGAGAGUAGGGCUCAGGUUGAAGAGACAGAUGAUGCCCAAAGAGAUGGGAGUGUCCCAGAUUCCGCAUCGUCUGAACAGACUGAAGAGAGAGAGGAACAAUCCAAAGUCACAGAAGACCCAGUUUCUACAGAGCCAGAGAGAGUAGAGCAAACCAGAUCAGCAGAAAAAUCUUCUGGAGAGGUUGCAGCAGAUGAUGCAAGUGAAGACAAAGUCACCAUCCAAGAACAAGUUGCACCAGAAAAAGAGGCAAGUAGUGUAGAAAUUGGGGAUGCUUCUGAGAGCAAGGAAGAACAGUUAAGAGAAAUUAAGCAGGUCUCCACUCAAAAGAGAGUGAAGCUCAACAGGUCUACUAACCUCAGUCGUGGUUUGGGAUCCAAGACAGCAGAUGAAGAGACGAGACCUGAGAAAGUUCAAGUCAGUGAACCAGAGGUAUCUGAAAAAGGAGAUGUUCAGACGAACCUGGAUGAAGAUAAAGAUACCAGCUCAGCUCAGGAAGUGGUUGAGAAGUCUCCCAGAAAGCGGAUAACACCUCCCGAUGAUGAGGAUGAUCAGGGUCAACCUGACACCACCUCAAAACGCAGGAAGACAGAAUCAGAUGGUGAGGAUACAGACAAGGGACCAGAAGAAAGUUCCCAACCAGUUACCAGUUCAAGGGAAGACGGAGCGACUGCCUCUGAAGGGAAACUGGUUGCCAUGACGAUGGGUACUGACGAGGGAAAAGAUGAUGCUGCCUCUGCCGAGACUCCAGAGACGAAUGAGACAGAGGAUGGAGAGAUCAAAGAGGAAGGAGAGGUGAAGGAAGAGGAAGAACAAAUGGAAACUGAACCGGGAGUGGAAAGUAACAAGGAAAAAGAGACUGAACCAUCUCAAAAGGUUGAACAGAGAUCCCGUUCCAGGUCGUUCACUAACGUGUCUUCAGCUCCCGUCAAAACUAAGAGACUUUCCUUUUCGUCCAAGGACAAAGCCAAGGAGACCACAGGAGAGGAAGACAAACCAGAAGGCGUAGUCAACGCUCCUCAGGUUAAGAAGAGACGCUGGGGAUCAACCAAGAAGACCACUGCAGAUGUAGCCAAGAAGACCAAUGUCAACAUCAGUACACAGCUUCUCAAGGAUAUCAUUCCGGAGAUUAAGGUUCCAGCUUCUGAGUUGGAACUGGACCUAGAACCAGAGGAAGGGGAAGAAUCCAUGGAGGUCGGUGAGGUAGGAGAGACUAAGAAAGAUGAAGAGAAAGCAGAACCCGUGGAAGAUGAAGAGGCCACUCAAGGACCACCCAGGAGGAAGUUUAUAAGGCAAACCAUCACUGCACCAGGUGCUCAACACGAGGAAGAGAGUGACAUCGACUACGAGGAGGAUGAGGAGGAUGACAUGGUAACAAGGAAGGUUCAACAAAGAGAUGAGGAUGAAGAGGAAGAAGAGAAAAAAGAGAAAAAAGAGAAAGGAAGCGGAGAUGAGGAGAGUGAUAGUAGCAGUGAGGAGGAGGAUGAUGACAAGGAAGGGUUGGAAGAUGAUGGAGAGAAGGAAGGAGAGGAUGGUGAUAAAGAAGAGAGGAAGAAGAAAAAGAAAAAAAUUGAAACACCCAAGGAUGAAGGAAAGGAAAAUAAGCAACCGGAAGUUAAAGCGAAAAAGGUUAUCCAGAUCAAGAGAGCUGUGCGUACGAUGAUCGACGAACCAAUCCGGAAUACAGAACGUGACCCCAGCCCCUCAAAACGAGAGCUGAGUAACAUCAUCCACGUCAACAACCUGACGCGACCUUUCACCUUACCACAACUCAAGGAGCUGCUUGGUCGAUAUGGGACGCUGUCUGCAGACGGCUUCUGGAUGAACAAUAUCAAAUCACACUGCUUUGUAACUUAUGAGAGCUCUGAUGAAGCCACGGCUUGCCGCGAAGCCCUUCAUGGCACCACAUGGCCAAGCAGUAAUCCAAAGAAAUUACGUGUAGACUUCUCAGAUAUUAACGAGCUGAAUAGACACAUGGGUGUGGUUGUCAAGAAGGAGCCAGUCAAGGCGGAGCCUGCCAAGGAACCGGAACGCAACACCGCAGCCCGCAGGGAGCGUAUCCUCCACCAGGACAGGGAGAGGGACCUGGAGCAGGAGAGACGGACCAAGGAGCGUGAGAGGGAGAGGGAGCGCGCCCGUAAGGAGAGGGAAUGGGACCGGGGCAAGGAAAGGAGCCAGUCUCCUCCUGAGAGGAGAAGACGUACCAGGUCACAGGAGAGGAAAGACAGACAUGAAGAAGUGAAGAAAGAAGAGAAAGAAGUUGAUGAACCUCCUGCCAAAUUGUUGGAUGAUUUAUUCCGAAAGACCAAAGCUACCCCAUGUAUAUACUGGUUACCUCUGACAGAAGAACAGGCUUUAGAGCGUGAGAAAACAAAGGCCAAGCUGGCUGUGCAGAGAGAAGCACGCAGGAUGACACAGGAAGACCGAUUGAAGGAUGUAAGGGAUAAAAGCCGGGAGGAUCGGAUGAGACGAGAUAGAGAGCGCCCCCGGGCCAGGGAAAGAUCAUUGAGUAGAGGGAGGAGAAGCAGGAGUCGUAGCCGUGGAAGGAGACGAUAGAAAUAACUUGUUGUUCAUGUAGUAUGGUGGAAAUUUGGUAAACAAGCUCCUUGUGCCAUGAUUCUUGUUUGGAUUGGUCCAACAAACCUCAGCCAAAAUUGUCAUACUUUUAAAUAAUGUUGAAAAGUGCUCCACUUACGCUUAUAAAUACAUAUGGUAAGCUUCAAGCAUACACAAUUUUCAAAUUACAGUACAUGGACAAACAGCAUUCACAAGUUGUAUUAUGCUCAGAAAUUUCAACUUUGGCAUUCCAUUAAAAAAUAACCUAUUUAUUCACCCAAUCCCCAGUUUCCCCCUUUCUUACUUCACUUCCUAAACUGCUCAAGUCAUGAUCAUUUGAGCACAUUACAUAUUUUCAAUAGAACUGGAAAUAAGAGACACAUAAUUUCAGGAAGAUCUCACAUGUUGGGGAUUGGACUUACAUAUUAUGGAUUGCCCUUGUGCAACAACAAGUUAUUGAUUGUUUGUUGCAAGGAAGAGAGAUUUUAUGAGGAACAAAAUUAACAUUGAAGCGUUUGAGGAAAUGGCUGUGCCAGUUUUUGUGUGCAUGGAACAUGAUAUUAGUUCUCCUUCUAAUUCUUCUGUAAGAGAAGGAAAUCUUUACCAUUCUACAAAUCUUGCAUUGUCUUUGUCGCAGCAAAACACUUUUCAUGAAAUGGAGCGAGACAAUUAAACUUACUUAUCUAUUAAUACAUUAAAAGAUGGUUCUAGAAUUAAACACAAGCUGUUAGGUAGAAAUAAAAUAAAAAAUCAGAUUUUAGGUAAUCAAUCUAAUUAAUUCUUCAAGGAAAUCAUGUUUUAAUGAAGCAAAAAUGAGCACAUGCUGUUUGGUACACAAUAGUAGGCAUGCUCAAAUUUUACAACUUGUACUAAUUAAUUUUGUCUUGUCUUCAUUCUUGUGUUUGCCCUUGAAAAAUGAGAGUUAAUUUUUUUUUCGUAAGUUAAGGGUGACUUUAAGAAUGACUGAUGAUCCUUGUGGUAUAUGAUAUUUACCAUUAAAUGUUCAUUGGUGAUUAGAGCGUAAGAAAGGUUUACCAGUCGUAGUUGCUCUUAACUUCUGAGUAGCUUCAUGAAACACUCACCAAGGCCCUGUAAUAUAAAGCUAGUGCAUUGAACUAGGGGUUGAUUUAUUUGAUUGAUUCCAUUGUUGAAGAUAAAUACCAGUUGUGGUAACAAUCUCAAAAUGAGUUCGAACAGAAUCCAUUGAUAUUACCACCUAAGUGUUUGUAUAAAUAAAAAAUAUGUGCCAAAUGGCUCUGGAAAAAAACGUGUAAUUGCUGGGAAGUGAGCAAAAUAAGCGCGGAAUUCCAUCAAAUGUGGGGUAUUUUUCUAAGCAAUAUUAAUACACUGUCCUACAUAUGAUUUUCUGUGUUUAAUGAUCAUGAGAAUUAGCGAUUUUGAGCUAAGAUUUCAUGCUUUUACAAAGAUUAGUUUCCAUUAAUGUACCUGAUCUAGAUGUAUGAUGAUAUUUUGACAAUCUUGAUUUAAAAGACUUUAUCACGAAAUAAUUGUUUGCUGCAACAAACUGUCUUUUACCUUUAAUCGUUUUUGAUCAAUCAUAAAAAUCAGUAAUACAUCCAUCGCUAAGCUUUCUGUUACUGGGUCCUGAAGUGUUUUACAUGCAAUUGAUGAUAAUGGGAUGUUCUUAUGUGGCAUUCAUUCUGUUGUGCUGUAGAAAAUAGGGAGAAAAGUUAGACAGUCUGCUAUCAGCAAUUCUGCUAAAAAUGUCUUGAUGUUUGAGAUAUGCAGUUAUACGUCUCAGCCAAGUAUUAUGUAUGGUGCUGGUUACCUAUGUUUACAUAAGAGCGGUAUCUUUUCUCUCAUGCCCUUCAUAUGAAUGGUCCCCCCCCCCUCUCAUGCCCUUUAAAAGUUUGUGAUUGUAGUCCUGCACACUGAAAUGGAGACUGAAAUCACAUAGCAAUUUCUUUAUAGGGAAGGGCUUGUUUUUCUUUUAAUGUUUGCCUAGUAGCAUAUUUUUUGUUUGUUUUCUGAAUUCGUCCUAGAUGUCGUCUUUCACUCUGAUGUUGCAAAUAGUAAGGGGGAGAACACAUGAAAAUAUUUUCUUUUCAUUGUAAUUGGAAAUCCAUUGUAUUUCCUGUAUUGAAGGACAACAUUUCUACCAGCUGUCUGUAUGUAAUAAUACAAACAGCCUUGGGGGCAAAAGAAACAAAUGUUUAUAGUAAUGUUUAGAAAUGUCAGGGUUAUACAUGUUCAAGGGUUUCAAAAGUCACCAUGAGUCAGAUAUAUCAAAGCUACUAUUGUAGUAACUUUGCUAUGCAAUGGUGACUUGCAUGGGGUCUUCUUAUUUUGAUUGCUUGUUGAGCAUUGUUACCAUGGUAGUUACUGUUAAAAGGCAAAGUUACUAUUAACGGUACUAUAAUAGUGUUUUCCCCUUUCCAUCCCCUCCCUAUUUAGGGUUAAAUACCAUGGCAUUAAUGUUUUUGUAAGAUGAAUUCUGCUUUGUCAAGAGUGAAUGAAAUUGGUUAAUGAAUGACUAUCUGGUUACCAGCAGUUGAUUUAAGUAUCUGAUCUAGUGAUAUAUCCCAUUCAAUGUGUGCCAUUUUGCAGCUUUUGUAUUUUUUUUCUUCAAAAUUUAAUCCUCUGUUCACGGAUCAAAUUUGUUUUGUCAUUGCAUUAUUGAAUUGUGGAGAGUCCGUCUAGAAGUUGUAUUAUUUGGAUUUGUUUAAUGUUAACCUUUCGAGAUUUGAUUUUUUUAAAUGAAGAACCAACAUUACGAAUGCUAACAUUUCAAAUUGUUUGAAAACACAUUUUCGGCAUUACUCCUCUGUUUUAAGAUCACAUGCUCCAUCUGUUAUGAAAAUCAUGAGUCAGAAAAAACUGGAACCUCUUUAUUUACUAUUUCAAAUUGUGUUCAUUCAUGUGAAUUACAUUGGUACAGGCAUUUUUAGCUCUCUUAUUGGAAUAUGAAUUCAUCACAAUCUUCUGUCUGAUUUUCAGUACCUAGCUUUUUGGGUGAAAGUAUGUCCCGAUCUCUGUAAAUCUUGACCCUACUGAAUGUUAACCAAAAUCUUUCACCAGGGUUUCAUGAAAUAUCAAAUACAGUGAAAUAAAAAAGCAGCCUCUGGUAUACAUGUAGAUAAAAUAUUGUAUUAUAAGAGCCAUAUAUGUCCUUCGUAAGGGGAAAUCAGAUGGUAUAUUUUCUGUUUUUUUUCUUUAAGUGAAUUAUUUAAAGCUAUUCCUGCUACAGCUUAAGAAGAAUUGAGGUUGGCUCUGAUGUUUGUUUCAUACUUUUCUAUGUAUGGAUUUGUUUGUAUAUAUUGUCACAUUUUUUUUUCUAUCUUCAUUUUUCUUUCGUCAACCUGUAUUUGUAAAGCGCAUGAAAAAUAAAAAGCAGUGGAUAGAAUUGAGGAGAGUUAGGGAUUUUGUGUAGGAUUAUAAUAAAAAUCACUGAUUCAUCUGCCAGAUACUAUACUUGCAAUCCUUUAGAUCAGAAAGUAAUGGCCAUAGCCUUAUAACCCAAGUGGUCAGUUCAAACUGUCUGCAAUAGAUCUUAUGCAUAUGACAUAAUCUCAUCACGCCCUUUCUCUGAGGAUGUAGGAAUACGCUUAUAUGGAAUAUGAAUAACAACAUACCAUUAAGAAUUCUUCCUUUCGGCAUGGUUUCUAUGUGUUAUAAUCUGCUGCAUUGAACCACCCACAUGGUCUACCAUGAGUGUUCAAAUGUAAAAGAAAUUAAACUACUCCCUUCCUCCCUUUCACCAUAUUAUCUCUUAAAAUUUAUAGAGAUCAAAGGUGGCUCCCUUUGUACAUGUCAAUACCCUACCGACUUGUAACAUUUUUUUAAAGAUUGUUCUUUGGGCCUGAUGUUGCUAUCAUAAAAUAAUGAAAAGUGGCUUAUGAGUGCCACGUAGUAAACCAUAAUUAAAUUUGCAGGACAAUAAAAGGUUCAGCAUCAUGUCAACAGCAAAUGUUGACUUUGUGUCGGUGUAAAUUUGAAGAAGUAAAUUAUAUUGUCAUUCCACAUUUUAGAGUGUAGAUACAUGUAUAGAAUUAGGAUUACUCAUAAACACCAGUAAUAUAGAUAAUAUCAAGACAUCACCCUUGGAGAUUUUUUUUCAGGGGCCAAAGAACUUUAAUCCUCCCAAAGUAUGAAUAUUCAUACUUGAGCUGUAGUGAGGCAUUAUGGAUAGUUUUGCAUCAUUAUUAUGUCAUAGUGUGAGUUUCUAUUUUCAUUGAAUUGUGUAAGAUACAUGUGAAAAUUAAACUGAUUUGAUACUUUA